AUGUCGUCAACUUCAUUCAAGCUCAACACCGGCGCCACUAUUCCCGCCGUCGGCCUCGGAACAUGGAGGUCCGAGCCCGGCGAGGUGCGCAAGGCCGUUGCCUACGCCCUCAAGGACGGCUACCGCCACAUCGACGCCGCUCUCAUCUACGGUAACGAGAACGAAGUCGGCCAAGGCAUCAAGGACAGCGGCGUGCCGCGCGGGGAAAUCUUCAUCACCAGCAAGCUGUGGAAUACGCACCAGACCAAUGCGAAGGAGGGCCUGCAGAAGACGCUUGAUGCUCUUGGCACCGAUUACCUCGAUCUCUACCUGAUCCACUGGCCCGUCCGUCUCGUCGCCAAUGAAACAAGCGAACUCCUCCCCGUCAACCCCGACGGCACCCGCUCGGUAGACCGCUCCUGGAACCAGAGCGAGACCUGGCGCCAGAUGGAGGAGCUCUACGCCUCCGGCAAGGUCAAGGCAAUCGGCGUCGCCAACUGGUCUAUCCCCUACCUCGAAGACCUGCGCAAGACGUGGAAGAUUGUGCCAGCCGUCAACCAGGUCGAACUACACCCGUACCUCCCGCAGCACAAGCUCAAGGCGUACUGCGAGAAGCUCGGCAUCCUGCUGGAGGCGUACUCGCCUUUCGGAUCAAUCGGCGCCCCCAUCAUGUCCGACCCCGAAAUCCAGCAGAUCGCCGCCAAGCACAAUACCUCGGCCGCCACUGUACUGAUCAGCUACCAUGUGAACCAGGGCGUCGUCGCGCUGCCCAAGUCCGUGAGCGAGGCGCGCAUCUCGAGCAACAGGCAGGUCGUCCAGCUGUCCAAAGAGGAGCUGGAGCUGCUCAACGGGCUGGCGGCGAAGGGCAAGGCGAAGCGCAUCAACACGCCUUUGUGGGGCUUCGAUCUUGGGUUUGCUGAUUGGUAUGGUCCCGUAGAGUCUAAGUAG